ACGAGUCAUUUUCAUUGUUUGCUGUGCAAGUCCGUCGUGAAAAACGGUUCCCGUUCGUGCCGAAUCUCCUGUUUUUUUUUUCGUCGGAACAAAAUCCACCGGAAAAAGCCGUGCGCGAGCAGUUCUUCCGUUCGCGAGUGGACCGUUUUUGUGCCGUUGAAAAGUAUUUUGUAGCUUGGCAGAAAAUUUGCCAACGCAGAAAACCAUUUUGCUUUGAUUUGCCAAGAGGCUGCUGCUGUCAAAGUGGGCAGCAAAAGAAAGAAAGAAAAAAGUGAUUAGAGUUUGGAGCUUAACUCAGAACAGAAAGAAGGAAGCAAAAAAAAUCUUUAUUACUUUGUGUUGUAAGCGAUAAGAGAGUGGAAUUUUGUCACCAUCCGCCGCCGUCGGACGGGGACUAAGAAAUCCUGACCAGACCUGCUCCGGAAGCCUUCCCACCAGAUUCGCACACGGAUUACUCCCCCCACACCCCAGAAAACCGCGAAACCAUGGACGGAGAAUCCGAGAGACAGCCCCUGCUCAAGCAAUCGUCCCAAUCCGGCCCGGAGGAAGCAGCGGCGGAACGACCCACCGUCGUCACGACGUCUUCGAUUGGGCCGGACGAGGUGCCACCGUCGUACCAGCAGGAACAGCAAAACAGCGUGAUUGUCACUUGCCGCGUCUGCCAGGCCCUGAUCGACAUCUCCUGGAAGAAGGAACAGCACGUCGUCAAGUGCUCCCAGUGCAAUGAAGCCACGCCCAUCCGGAACGCGCCACCGGGCAAGAAGUACGUCCGAUGUCCCUGCAACUGUCUGCUCAUCUGCAAGAGCUCUUCCCAGCGGGUCGCCUGCCCGCGGCCCAACUGCAAGCGCAUCAUCAAUCUGGCGCCGAGCCCGGUUACGCCGCCGCUGCUUUCGAUGCCGGGCAUGUGCCGCGUCACCUGCGGUCACUGUCACGACACGUUCCUGUUUGACACGCUGAAGAACAAUCUGGCCCGGUGCCCGCACUGCCGCAAGGUGUCCUCGGUUGGGGCCGAGUUUUGCCGCAAGCGGCGCAACCUGCUGUUCCUGGGCGGGCUGAUCUUCCUGGCGAUCGGGCUGGGCGUCACGUACGGGACCAUGUCCUACGCGAAGGACCACAGCGGCAUGUACAUCGCGUACGUGAGUUUGUUCUUGGUAGCGCUGCUCCUGUUCGGCAAGACGAUAUACUACUGCACGCUCAAGGUGAGCACCGUUGACGGGCCGAUCUAAGAGUACGGGGACGUUGUUUUCCAGCGGGGUCGGCUGCGGUGCCAUCCUGCGUGGCCGCAACACUGAUCAAAAUAGCGAGUCGCGCUCGCGGUGCCUGGAUGUCUGGUCACACCCAACAAACAAAAAAGCGAAAAGUUGAAAGAAAGAUGCAAUGAUACUGAAAGAAAAAAAAUGAUACAUUAUACACACAUACACAACCGAACGCCGCUCUCACAAACAUACAACAUAUGUACACACAUUCCUAGCAAAUUGGGUGGUAUUCGGUUUGAUUGGAAGCCAUUCAAACCGUACAUUUGAUAAAACAAACGUGGAUUGUGUAGAAAAUGUCACAUCAAAGAUCAAAACUAAUUUUGGUUAUAAUCGCAAAAAUGCGGCUUAGGAUAAGAGUAAAAUUAUGGAAAACCACAGAUAUACCCAUACUGAUUAUGAUUUAUGCUUAUUCGUAUUUUUACACAUUUUUUACAAUUGUAAUCACUCUUUCUGAAUUUAUAUAUGCUGUAUAAAUAGUUUGGAUAAGUGAUAGAAAGUGAUGUUUUCUUGUGUUUAAUGGUUAUAAUUAAGUUGAAAAUAUGGAAUAAAAACAGUGCGAAGGAAGGAGUGAUAAAACGAACAGAAAGAAUUGAAGCAAGUUGCAUGCAAACACGAGCAUUAGCCGACGGUUAAUUACAGUCAAAUAUCCAAUAUAUAAAUAAAAUUAUUACUACAUACACUUUCGUAAAUAUUUUGGUAAAUACAAACUGAAGCAAGGGCGGAACAAAUCAUAUACCACACAUACUUGUAAUGCAUAACAAUUUACAGUAGUUGGAAUCAAAUCAAGUAAUUAUGCUGUACGAAUACAAAAAAAAAUACACAUAACGAAAAACAGUUUAAGCUCAUUGCAAAUUUCUGUCCCUGUCCUCCGAAUAUUUUUCCCAUUUCCAGUUUUUAAACGAACCCAAUCGGAAGAUUCUACUAGAAUUAAAAAAGGUUCAGUGCAGGUCAAUGAACGAAGAAACGGUCGGAAUGGCAAAUUACACAUGCUUGCCUUUUCAGAGUAGUUUGGAUUUCUUUUAGCCAGACU